AUGAUGAUUCCAAGAUGGACCAGGAUGGGAAUCCCUUUGCCACCUACUCAGCCGUAAUUGAAUGGCGCCAUGGGAGGAAACAACGAGGAGGCUGGCCUCACUACAGAGGCACUGUCAUUUUUGUUAGUGCUACUCGUUUUGAGACAAUCCGUAAACUGAACUCACUGCUGAAGGAAGAAGAACCUACAGAGCUGACAAAGAGGGCCUCAGUGGCCCCCCAAAAAUAUGGGGACGAUUCAGAUUGCUCAACUGAUAUUGAAACUCAAUCUCAGCAAGCAAAGAAGUCAAAGGCUCCCAGGAGGAUAGACCCUGCAGAAGAGUUUCUUAGGCUAUACGGUCAAUCACAGCCUUCUUCAGAUAAUCACAACAGUCCGACUCAGACUGUUGUUGAAUUAAAGCAGGAGAUCAAGGACCUGAAAGAAGAGAACGCGAAGUUGAAGGAGAUUGUUCUUCAAGAUGUGCCAGGACUCCUACUGAGCUUGAGGAAUAUAAUAGAUUCGGCUGCACCUCCUAAGAGAUCCAGGGUGGACCCUACCAAAGCAUUACCGGCCCUUCCAGGGUCUCCGCAGUCCAGGUCCAGUUCUCCAUGUGCCACUUCGCUGUCCCUCCCCAGAUCUACGCUGUCCAGUUCCACAUCUGUGUCUCCAUCCCUGACUGCCUCCCAGUCUUCUUAG